UUUCGUUUAUUUUGGCUUGACCAGAAAAGCACGCGUGCGUUUUGUAGAUUGACCACAUUGCUGUCCGUUUUGGUGCUAAUAUUGCGGCAUAAUGUCGGUUCCAAGUCCAAGGGAAUUCUCUCGUGAUGGAAAGUUUUUUGCUUUCAUAAACAGCCAAGGUAAAUUCGUAGUUUACGAAGUGGAAACGGGUCGCGUGUGUCAGGAAUACAUACCAAAUCUACAUCUGAAUGUUCCGUGUACAUGCUUUGCAUGGAUUGAAAUCGGUUCCGGCGGGGGCCAAAGUGCCAAAAAGAAGAAAAAACGUGCUAGCCGUGGUGAUGAAAGUGUGCAAACGUUUAUCGCUUUCGGAACAAGUAGCGGCACAGUGGCACUGUAUGGUUUGGCUUCUUCCAAAAUCGAGCGAACUUUCAAGGGUGCGGGACACUCUGGACCGAUUACUGCGAUUUGUGCAGAAACCGGAGAGGAUGAGUUGUAUACCGCCGGUGCAGAUGGAAAGGUCAUAGAAUGGAGUCUGAGUCAAUGCGAACAGAAAAAGGUUUACAACGUUGGUUUCGAGAAACUCACCUGUUUGGCUGUGGUAAGCAAAGGUGAGACACUGCUGACCGGUGCCAGACAGUUGAAACUUUGGAACAUGCAGUCGGAAGAGGUCGGUAAAUCGUUCGUCGGUCAUACAUCGAACGUAGCUCGGAUUGAGAAAAUUGUCGGGAACGAUGACAAGGUUUAUUUCCUAACAAGUUCCAUCAACGAUCGAAAUGUAUCCCUGUGGUCCCUGGAGGGCGAUGGACGAUCGGCCGUUGGUAUUUUUUCCAUGGAUGAUGCUCCGGAGUAUAUUUCAACGCGAAUGGUCAAUUCCAAGCUGCAUCUGGUGACUGUUUCCAAAUCAGGAAUGGCGCAUUAUUAUAUCAAAAAUUUGGAAAAAAUAAGCGGGAACAAGCCCAUCAAAGCCAACCACACCUAUGAAGUGGCUCUGGAUACUACUGGAAGCGGGUCGAAGGCAGUUGAUCGUUUACCAAUUUACACCGCUAGCGUUGCGUUUUCUCCCAACCAGGAGCAGUUGUUGGUUGGAUACGGCACCGAAAUCAAUAUAAAAUUUGAACAAAUGGCUAUUCAAAAAGAUGUCAAACAGAAUGUAAUUAUUCGUGAGCAAACAGCGUUUUCCAAACGAAAAGAGGAUAAGACCCUUAAAAGCAAAACACCCACUGUAGAUAAUGCGACAGCUGAAUUCCUUAAUCCAGUCAACGCUAGCAGGAAGUCGUUGAAAACUCUUGAAAUUCCCAUGGAAGCACGUUUAGAGAAUCUAACACUCGCCGCUUCGGAUAGUACCGCAAAGGGGAAAGACGGCCAGAAAAACAUGGCCCACUUGCUCAUUCAAGGUUUGCACAGUAAAGAUGCAGCAAUUUUGCGAAACGUAUUCAGUCGAAACGAUCCGGACGUGAUUGCGCGUACCGCCGAAAGGAUACCGGCGCAAUACGUGAGUGUUUUGUUGGAUGAAAUUUCCGGUCUUAUGCAGAAAAAGACCGUUCAUGUGGCAACUGCAAUAUGCUGGUUGAAAGCGUUAAUUCAUAGCCAUGCAAGUCAAUUGAUGGCGCUUGGUUCGGAAAAUCUACUUUCAAACUUCGGUACCUGCCUCGGAAUCAUUGAAUAUCGAGUGGAGCAUGCAAAUUCGUUAUCAAAAUUGAGCGGUCGUCUGGACUUGUUGGUGAGUCAAAUUGAUCGAAAUGAACAAUUAACGGGGAAUCCAGAUACUGAGCAGGUGCUCGUCUACCAGGAAGAGGAUGAUUCUGAUGUAGACUCCGUUUUGGGUAAAGGAGUGGGGUCGACCGGUGCAUCUUCUGUGGAGGAUUUCGACGGCGAUAUGGAAGAAGAGAACGAAGACGAGGAUGCCAUGGCCGGAAGCUUUGUACGGCUGCGAAAUGGAUCCGUCCCGGAUCAGGAAGCCAGCGACGGGGAUGAAGAGGUGAAUGGUGAAGAAUCAAGUGGCGACGAAGACGAAGAGGAAGAGGAGGACGGAGACGAAGAGAUGGAUGUUUCUGAUUAAGUAAUUGUAAUUAUGUGUCGUGUUCCUGCUACAUAAAAAUUGCAUUUUGA